AUUUACAUUUUGGACUAUAUGCUAAAGAUUGGUGGAUUCCUCAUUCAACUAAUAAUGAUGUAACAUAUACACAUCUCUAUCCAGUUCGUCUCAGUAUGAAAACUAUAACUACAAUAAAUCAGUGUGAUUUCAUAGUUAUAAUAGGUCAGGAUAGUUUUGAGCCUGGAUAUUUGUAUCAAUCUAAAGCUUUACAAAGAAAAAUGCUAUUUAGACUUGAAUAUGAACAAACAAAAUCAGAAAUCAAUAAAGAACAAACUCUUACAUAUAUGAAAGAAGAUUGGCAAAAUGAGCAGAUUAUGGAUAAACUUUUUAAUUAUCAUCUAAAAAAAUUUAUUGCU